AUGGAGUUGCCUUGCAGCCAAGGGUCCGAUUUGAGUGCCGAAGGCAAGCACUCCGAGCAUCCCUCACUCCUCUUCCGUUGCAAUUUCCAGGAGAAGGACGGCAAGCCUUGUGAGCAGCCGCUGGACAAAGGAUGGGUUACAGCCUGCUCCCACCUGUUCUGCAAUGAGCAUGCGCACAGGUGGUUUGCAAGCCAUGACUCCUGCCCAGUCUGCGGCACCAAUCCGGUGAAGCUGGUUCGCAUGGAUCUGUCUCGCGCCUCCCUGCGACGUCGGGGGACGAGCUGCCUGGUGGGCAUGUCUCCGCCGGAGGUCCUCCGAGCCCUCGAGGUCUCGCUUUCCUUUUGGACAGACCAGCAGCUGCUACGCUUUCAGCAAGAAGGACGACGCCGCGCUCAGGAAGUGGGCCGUCUCGCAUGCAUCGAGCGCACGGGCAAAGCUCGUCUGAUGGAGGCUGAGGAACUAUGCAACGAACUGGAGAAAAAGCAUGGUUGCAUGGAGAAUAAGCUGGCAGAAACUCUCAGAGAGGUGUCAGAGCUCAACGAUGAGCUGAGCAGGAUUUCGGAAAGCGUGCACCAGGCAAGCAGAGGGGGACUGCAUCCAGAGCGAGCAGCGACUGCCCAAAGCCAGAAUGAAACGGGCUUCGACCAUCCGCCAGUCCGGCAAUCCCAGUUCCACGAGAUUGCGACUGGCAUGGUUUUGCACUUGGUCGUUGACUGUUUGACGUUUGAAGACUUCCUUUACAAUGCCACGCACGGCAUAGCAGCUGCCAACAGCCGGCGGCAGCCGCGACCGAAUCCUUUCCGUUACGGUGUGCAGUUGAACUCGAUGCACACGGUCCAGCCUUAUGCAUGGCGCUUGCAUCAGAGCAUUUUCCAGGACUUGAAACUUGGCAAGGACAGAGCCGGAACCAUUGCAAGCCGCAUCGCUAUGGUGGUCACGAGAUGUUCAUUUGCCCUCACAUUCUUCGUGCAAUUCUUGUUGCUGGCAGUGGGCUUCCAACAGCAGCAAUCCUUACAGCCCAGUCCCAACCGCGACUCUUGCCCCUGGCAUUGGACUCGAUGGCAGACCCGUCAACACACUGAUUACUGCCAACCUGACGACGAAGGACGACGCCUACAACCCCUUCAAUCCGUUCCGUGCCCUUCCCACGUUCGGGAAGCAAGUGAAGAAUGCCUUCAAAUGUCCGUUUGCGACAUGCACCCAGGAUGUGGUCACAGAG